AUCUUAUGUCAGACCACUUCAAUCUAAGAUCUUAAAUUAAAUUUUACAAUUUUAGAUCAUCUCUAGUUCCCUUUUAUUUUCAUUUCUAUACUUUCCUAAAUAUAUAUUUUAUUAUAUAGUUGAAUUUAAUAUAAUGUAUUUUUUGUAUAGAGUUUAUCUAUUUUUAGGAGAAAAUAUAGAAUACUACUAUUUCCAUCUCUAAAUAUAAAAAGAAAAAAUAUUAAAUUUGAAUUGUCGCGGUGGUGAGUAGUAUAACACGGUCCCAUGGUAACACUAAUAUAAAUUUCAAAGUACAAAUCACAAUCAUCCUAGAAAUCAGUUUGAGCAAUAUUAUAGAUCCUAUUUAAUACUCCCAGCUUCUUCCACAACGAACCUGAUAGCUAUUUAAGAACAGUUAUUGUAAACACAUGUGAAAUGUACAUCAAAAGAUAAGGGACCCUGUUUGGUAUUUUUGAUCAGUUCACCAUAACUUUCCAACUAUGUUAGCAGCUUGGUAGUUCAAUCUUUCAACUGUCCCAGACCACGUGGGAUCGCAAAUUAUACAUGAUUUCGUAAUGACUUAGUACAACUGUGAGGGCAUGUUUGGACAUUCUAUACUAGAUUAGGAAAAAUAUUUCUUGUUAAACCAAUCAAUAUACAUUUGUGAAGAAAAGUAAGGAUUAUAAAUAAUGCUUCUAGUACAUUAAACAGUGUGAUUCCCCAUGUAUAACCAGUGGCGGAGCCACCCUAUACUCAAUGGGGUCAUCUGACCCAUAUCAAAUCUACAAAAUCUUAAAUUUAGGCUUAAUAUCAUACUAAUUAUUGUGGUCUAUUGGUUAAACUCUUCUUUUAUGACCCCCGUGUCUUGAGUUCAACACUCUCAUAUACUCCCUAUGUUUUUUUAAUAUAAGUUGUUUUAAAGAAUUUUUAUGUUCCAAAUUAUAUAAUAUUUUUGCUUUUUUAUGUAAAAUUUAUUAACACUUAAUGUUAUAUGACCAAUAAUAAUAUAUCUUCUAUUUUAUUAUUAGUUGAUUUGUGGUUAAAUAAAUAAUUAAUGAUGUUUUUUAAAAAAAUAUAUAAAAAACUAAUGAUUUUCUUAAUUUAUGUGCACAAUUCUAAAACGGUUUAUAUUAAAAAACGGAGAAAGUAUCAUUUUAUCUAUAUAUUAAAUGAAUAUUGACCCAUGUGGAACAUAAACCUAGCUCCCCCAAUGUGUAUAACUCAUAUUGAAUUAAAUGAACUUCCAACCUAAAACCAAUUGGUGAUAAAUGGAUUGGUAUAUCUAUUUUAUACAUUACUUAGGAUGCAUUCCAACUAUACUAAUGUAAGAGACUUAGCCUCUAAUACAACCCUCGAGAUGAUAGUUCUUUAAACGUCAAUCUCAGAAUGUUUGAAAAAUGAUCGAUGUGCCAAUUUUGGCUCAAAUAGAUUUGGAUCGGAUUGGACUGUAUGGAUCGAGCUCAUACAAAUACACUACUAGAUUUAAGUUUGAACUAGAUUCUGAUUCAUUAAGACGCGUAUUAUGUUUUUUUUUUAUAAAACCGGCGAAUUAAAUUAUUGUGAUGUUAAACAGUUAUAUUUAGAGGGUGAAUGGUUGAGUUUUAUCUCUUUAUUUUAGUUUUAUUUAUUUUUAAAUCAGUAAAAUUUAUUUUUAAUAGUUAAAUCCUAUAUCAAAUUUCUAUUAAUUGUUACCAAUCAUGCUUUACAUUUAUAUUUAAAUCUACAACAAAAAAAAGUAAAAACAAUUAUGUAUUUUAGACAAAAAAAAGCUUACAUCUUAUUUUAUAGGCUCCAUAAUCUGUAAAAUAAAAAUUACUAUUUAUUAUAUCAAAUAAAUUAGAUAAUCAUAAUAAAAACAUAUAUAAAUAUUUUUAUUUAAUUUUGAGUGCUUUUAAAUUAUCGAAAUAUUUUAAAUAACAUAAAUAUUAUUUACAUAUCACAUUUUACAUAACAGUAAACUUUGAUUAUUUCAUAUAAAAAUAGUUAAUAUAAAUUAUUUUAAUUGAUAAAAAAAUAUUUAAUAUAUAGAUCACAUAUUUUAUUUUAAAAUAUCUACAUCUUAUAUAUUUUACAGUGAUAGCAAAUUUACCUAAUACAAAAAUCUCUGCAAAAAAAAAUUGCAUUAACAAUUUUACAUCUACAACCAACUUAUCAACAUCUAAACUCUUACAAUUCAUAACUGUCGUUUGUCGUUCAGAUGCAUGAUUACCAGUUUAGUUUUCAGAGUAAUAGUUAAGUUUGUUCAUAUUAAUGGCAAAAAAAAAUUACAGCUAAAUUUUACAGACACGGUCAAAACCAAUCAUCACAUUAAUGUUUUGUUUUGGACUUGUAUUACUAAUGUAGUGAUCAGUCAUAUCCGGUUUUAUUAUUACUUAUGUAUAAACGUGACAAAUUCCAUGGAAAAUAACUUGUGUGUAUAAUAUCAUGUGAAGAUAACUUUGUGUAUAAUAAUCAGUUCGAAUAUUCUAAUUUUAAUGUGAAGAUUGUAAAUAUAUUUAUCGUUAAGUUUUUGAAGAUAUUUCUCUCUGUAAAAUAGUAAAUAGUAGGGCUGGGCAAAUAAACCGAACUCAAAAACCCGAUCCGAAUCCGAUCCGAUAAAAAUGAAUCCGAACCCGGCGUAAAUACCGAAUGAAUCUUGUUUUGUGGUAUUUCGGGUUAUGGGUAUUAUCCGAACCGAACCCGAAUCUAAAUAGAGUUUAGACCAAAAAAAAAGAAGUAAAUAGAGUUGUUGUUUGUUACCCACCAAUAAAUGUUUUUAAAAAUAUAAGGAAGUUCAGAUUUUUAGUUAUUAUAAUUUAACACAUUCGACUGAAUAUUCCUUUCUUGUUCAAAUUUAAUUAAUUUUAUAUUUAUUGUAAUUCAAUUAUGUAGUUUUAAGAUUAGAUUGUUUAGAUUCGGUAAUGAUUGUAGGAUUUAGAAUUUAAAAACUUAAUAAUAUACUCAAAACAAAAUCUGCGAUUAAUAUUCUAAAUUAAUGGAUUUGGGAGGAUAUUAUUUAAUUAUAAUGUAAAUAAAGUAAAACAAAAAUUAAAAAAGAGGUACAGUUUCUUUUAAUUAUAUUUCGUAUAAUUAAGUGGAAUUGGCAGACUACAUUUCGAACAUAACAUCAUAGCUAUUUUUAUAUAUAGUUUAGAUUUUUUUUUAAAUGAACAUUAUGUUAAUAAAAAUACACAACUUACAUUUUUAAAAUCUAACAUUGUAAAACGAAAUGUCUAUAUUGAUUAUGUUUGGUAUAAGUAUAAUGGACGAAAAAAAAGUAUAAUGGACGACCAAGUAUAUAUCAAAUCUAGUAAUUUAUAUAAUUGAGUGUUAAGGAAAAUUUUGGUAUAUGAAAAAUAAAGGACAAUGUCAGUAUACUAAAUUUUAAAAAAUAAUUUUAAAAAGAAAGUUUUAGAUUCAUGGGUGUAUUUUGUCACUUGGUUAAAAUUUGUUCAUAUCAUUCGAGACAGUAUAUAAAUUCCGUAAAGAACAUGCCUUUUUAUAUAUCAUGUAUUUUAUAAUUGAUUAGUUCCCUUCCCAUACAGUACAUGAAUUUAUUGAGCCAACAUGUUUAGUCGAAUGUAUGUAGGUGCUAUUAAGUCAAAUUAUAAUAGGUUUGUUAUUAUUAUUAUUAUUUAGAUUAAUAAGUUUGUUAUUAUUAUUGUUAUUAUUAUUGUUAGAUUAAUAACUUGUCAUAUAUAAUUUUAAUAGUAUUUUCUGUUAAGCUAAAUGGAUAUCCCCUCCCCCCCCCCCCUCAAAACGAUGGCUAUUAAUUUGAACAUCAAUUUCAAAAUGUUCGGAAAAUGGUCGAGUACCAAUUUUGGAUCGGGUUGAUGUGGAUUGGGUAGGAUUACUUGUAUCAGAUUCUAAAACUAUGUUAAAUUAGAUAAACUUUUAACUUAUAAUUAAUUGGUGAUAAAUAGAUUACUUUAUCUAUAUUAUAUUUGAGAUCUUUUUGAACUUCCGAUGUAGAGAUUUUGUCUCUAAUAUUUUUGCAUUUGAAAAUGAUAAAAUUGUUACCAUUUUUAUAUUUUUUUUUAACAUGUUCAUUUCAAAAACAAAUUGCUUAACAUGUAUGGUCUGAAAAAUAUAAUGUAUACAAUAUAUUAAUAUGUAUACAUACUAUAUAUUAUGUCAUGAGUUAACAGAAAACAGAGGAAGUAGUUAUACCCCCUACUUUUAGCGGGAUUCAAGUCCAACUAAUCAUACACACAGUAAAUACGAAAUUAAAUGAUUAAAUAAAAUACAUUUAAAUAAUAACCUAACUCCCCAACACUAUUUAAUCAACAUGGAUAAUACGGGAGACAAAACCCUUGUACUAAUAUAUAAGAGCCAAGUAUGGCUGAAAGCAAGAUUGGGGUAUAGUCAAAAUAAGAGCGAGAAGACAUGGCGAGAGAGAUGCAAGCAGAGAUAACAAUAAUGGAGCCGCUUAGCCCAGUGUCUCGGCUGUUUGUUUCGCCCGGUUUCUAUGGCGUCAUUGUCUUUACUUUAGGGUUUAAAACUAGAUGCAACUCAUCUGCCAUUGUUGAAGGUAUCAAGAACACAUGGAUCAAGCUUCCCCGCUUCUCUAGCAAAGUGGUGAUGGACGAUAAGAAAAAUGGAGAAGCGGUUUGGGUUCCUGUUAAUGUUCGAGUAGAAGAUCAUGUUUUUGUUCCGGACAUUGAUCAUUCUGACAUUACAAACCCUGAUCAAUUUAUAGAAGACUAUACGUCAAACAUAGCUAACACUCUAAUGGACAUGUCCAGACCUUUAUGGGAAUUUCAUGUACUGAAUAUAAAGACAUCAAACGCAGAAUCUUUAGGUAUAGGGAAGUUCCAUCAUUCACUCGGCGAUGGGAUGUCUCUUAUGUCUCUUCUAUAUGCUAGUUCAAGAAAAAUAUCAGACCCCAACGCUCUUCCUACUACUGCGACUACAAGAAAACAAGUUGGUUCCGAUGAUAAUUGGUGGCUGGUUGCCAGAUUUUGGCUUAUGAUUAGAGUCAUUUUUACAACUUUUAUUGAACUGUUCAAGUCCCUCCUUACACUAUGUUUUAUGCGGGAUACUAAAACUCCUCUCAUGGGUAAACCUGGAGAUCGAAAUGGACCUAGAAAGAUUAUCCAUCGGAUAGUAAGCUUUGAUGAUGUCAAGUUCGUGAAGAACACAAUGAAAAUGAAAGUCAAUGAUGUUCUUCUUGGAAUAACACAGGCAGGUCUCUCAAGAUAUUUAAGAAAAAAAUAUGGUGAAGAUCCAGUGACUGAGAAGAAAAAAUCCUUAGAGGAAACACGUCUCCGGGGUACAAUAGCUGUAAAUCUAAGACCAGAAACAAAGAUCAAGGAUCUUGCUGAUAUGAUGACAAAAGGUUCAAAAUGUAGAUGGGGUAAUUUCAUAGGUGUUGUUAUAUUUCCUUUAUGGAUAAGAUCUGAGGAUGAUCCAUUGGAAUACGUCCGGAGAGCCAAAGCUACUAUGGAUAAGAAAAAAAUCUCCAUGGAAGCACUUGUGUUAUAUGGAUUCAUCAAAUUUACAAUGAAAAUAUUUGGCGUAAAGGCCGUAGAAGCUAUCACUAAGAGGGUAUUUAGCCAUACAACGCUGACAUUUUCUAAUGUGUUGGGUCCAAACGAAGAUAUAAGUUUCUUUGAACAUCCCAUGUGUUACGUCGGAGCAAGCGCAUUGAUUGGACCACAAGCUCUUAUCAUCCAUUAUGUAAGCUACGCAGACAAGAUUAUCAUCAAUCUAGCUGUCGAUACAACAGUGAUUCCAGACCCUCAUGUACUAUGUGAUAAUUUGGUAGAGUCGCUUGAAAUCAUCAAACUUUCUCUCUUGGAGAAAGGACUUCAUAAAAUGGAGGUUUGAGACGUUCACGCGAUAUAAAAAUGGAAGUCUACGUUAAAAAGAUAACAUGUGGUGAAAUGUACUAUGUUAGCUUUUGUAUUUGUUAUGAUGUUGUGUUUAUUAUAUUAUAUAUACAUAUUCUACUUUGGUAGUAUAAACUUUUUAUUUGUAUACGAAAAAAGCAGACAUGUAGCAUUUACACAAGACGACCAAACGUAGACCACAAGCACCACUAACAUAUAUAUUUACAUAAUCAAUACCUAUUUUCAUCAGCAAACAGAAUUCGAUUCCCUUUUGCCUUGGAAUUAAAGGAACUGUUCAAGGGCUUGUGUACCAUUGCUGUUCAAGAGCUUCAUCAUGAAGUUAAACCUGGUGUCUGGAGAUGUCUUUGGUUGUGGCCAAUUUGCUCCUUCAGGGAUCUUGAUGCAUCUGUAACUUUGAUCUUUAUAAAGUUUCGUGGCCUCCGUAUAGCUCGACAUCCCCAGUUCGUGGCUUAACCCUCUGCUUUCCAGAUCAGUACUCUCGUAUCUGGAGAUGCCUUUGGUUGUGGCCAAUUUACUAACUGUCACAGCGACUAAACAUAUCCCUCUGGUAGGCACCCUGGUGGAACGUAGAAACCCAUUAUCAUCGCCAUCAACCUAUCAACUCUGAGGACAAGAUCAAGAGGGAACGAAUGUCCAGGGAAGAAGGAGGUGCAAUGUGUUUCUGCCACUUCCCACCAGUCCUCCACUCUAUCUUCCCGGACAACAAUUUCAGGUGAAACCACUGGGAAAAGAUCAAGUACAAACCUAAAAGAAAAGAACAACUUUAUCGUCUACUGACGAAUCAAAUCAUGUCGUAUGUUAAAGGAUGGGAGCUUUCAUGGAUCAUCAAUUACGACUAGAAGCGAUCUCUUCGAAUGAGACUCUCCCUUCCAUCUAUCAGUCAAAUUCUGUCUGUCCUCAGAACUUACAUGACUCUACUCUCCAGACAUAAAAGACAGUUUUGUUUGCUAUACUGAUGCAUCUUGGGUAGAUAAUCAGCACUCUGCAGGCAUAGUCUGGGGCUUUAAAAGACUCCUGUAAUAAAAUCCUGCUUCAGGGAUCAGCUUCAAUUGAUGCUACAGAUACAGUUUCAAUUUUGUUGGUGUAAGGUAAUGUUUUGUGGAGACUGCUCAGCUCUUUUUGUGGAGACUGCUCAGAAGCUGAUAGACUUGCAACUCAAGCUAGAAUAGGAAAAUAACCAUAUGUUGUAAAGUGGAUCACAUAAAUAUUUGUCUGAGUCUGUUUGUACAACACUUAUAUAAGUUUGUCUAUAAAUAAUAAUAAUAUUUAAGGUUUAACUAUAAUUUGAAUUGUAACUCGAUCUAAAUCAAAGCCCGUGAAAUCUAACUCGUUGUUCUCUAGAACUCAGUCUAGUAGCAGCUAACGGAGAGUCAUAGAUCAUCAUGCCUUAGGUCAAACCUGAUUUGCUAGACGGAGUUUGAGAAACAGAAACCGUCGGCGAGAGAAGCCAUGACGGUUUUGCUUGAUCAAAGCUGAUGGGGAUAGCUCCGUCGUCCCCAUUCCCCAACGGCGUGCUCUGCAUUUCUCACCGCACUAUUACGGAGAUGGCAACAACAAAACCGGACGGUUCAACCGGUUCAAUUCGUUAGUAAGAAUCUUGAAAAAAUUACAAUAUGACAUACUUUUUCGUUCUCUACUAGGUGAUUUUCCAGUGAUUAUGCAUGGAUAUAAAUAUUUUUAAAGUAAAUAUAUUAUAAUAAUUGAUUGUU